AUGGAGGAGAUCCGGCACCUGCGAGGCAGUGUGGUGUCCCAGCUGUGCCUAGACUAUGGCAUGAUAGACGACGCCGUGUACUUCACCUCCAAAGAGGUCCUGGGCGGGGUGCCACUGCGGGUUGGGGACAGGGUCAACGGCAUAGCGGUACGGGACGGGUCCCACGGAGGAUGGCGGGCACUACGGGUGGAGAAGAGCGCAGACGCCUGGGAGGAUGGGGGCGGAGCCUCCCUGGAGAAGGACUGCAGCAAGCUCCACCCCCUGAUUGGCACGGUAACGUCAUUGAACCGCGACGGAGGCUUCAUCAACCAGACCACCUUCUUUCCUCGCCACGCUCUCUGUGAAGGUUUUGAGCCAAUGAAAGGAGACUGGGUCCAGGCCCAGUACUUCAUCAGUCCCACACAGUGGAGCACACAGGCCUCCGUGGUGUCCCCUUUGCGCUACCGUCGCCUUGACCAGGUGCGCGUGUCCAGUGUGUUUGGCCGCAGCGGGGUGGUGGAGGACAGCGUGUUCUUCAGCCUGGACUCGGUCAUGCUCCCGGCCAACUACCGUCCCUCGCCUGGGGACCUGGUGAGCCUGGUGGUGGUGGAGAGCAGCCAGUCCUUCUACUGCUGGAGGGCUCUCUGCAUGGCCCCCAGCGAGCACGGUGUCAACGCUUUAAGCUCGGAGCCCGAGGCAGAGAUCAAGAACCUGCUAGAAGAUAAGGGGGGCCUGGAGGUCACCAAGAACACCCACUUUGGGGCUCUGAUGCUGGGAGAGACCAGAGAGCUGGUGUUCUGGAUACAGAACAAAGGGUCAACAGCCCACCUUCUAAAGUGUUGUGAGUUAGGAGGUUGGGACUCUGAGGAACAGUUCACCUUGAGCCCUGUGAAAAAGCCAAACUCUCUGGAGCUGAAGAAAUGUGUUCAACCGAAGCCUGCUAUCACACCGAGCCUCUAUGGGAGCUUCCAGGGCUCUCCACACACUUACCUGCCCAGUAUACUCAAGCCCUUGCUGGGGCCUGCCCUCUACCCGUUGGCCAGGCUUCCGGGGCCUACUGAGCUAGCCACUGGGGAUGGGAGGCAGGAAGACGAGAUUGAUGGAGAUAUCACGGAAGAGAGAGUUCAUGAGCCUGCUGUAAGGACUGAGGAGAGAGAGGUGGAGAUUGCACCAGGGGAGAGGCAGCCUGUCAAAGUGGGCUGCAGAGCCAAGAACCUGGGCAGCUGCGCCGAGCUGCUGCUGCUGCACUUCUCCUCCUUCACCAUCGGGCGGCGCCUGGAGGUCACGGUGGGGAGCGUGGAGGAGAGCCUGAUUCAGCCCAGCGCCCCCUACAGCUCUGCCUUCGCCAGCCCUCCGCAGCCCACGCCGCCCGCACAGGCCGCCCAUGUGGUCACUGUUACGGCCGGACCUGGUCCCACUCUAAGGCCUUUGAAGCGCCACCUGCCUAACUUCCUGGGUUCCUACCCUGUGCCCCAGAGUCUGAGAGACUGUGUGGAGGCCCAGCGGGAUGUGCUGGUGGCUCAGCCCUGUCUGGGAGCGACCCUGUCCCAGGCCAACGCGCGCGAGCGCUUCUCCACCCUGCUGUGGCUGGAGGAGCUGCAGGCCGAGCACGAGCUCCGAGAUUUCCACCUCACCGGCGCCCUCCUGAGGAGAGGCGCGGUCUACCUGCACCUGGAGGUGCUGGGGCUGGCGGAAGGCAGGCCCAGUCUCUUCAUAGGUGACAGAGUGUCAUUGAAAAAGUGGCUUCCCGGAGGCGUGGUUAUGGAUUACAUUAGUUAUGUGACAGAGAUCCACGAUGAGGAUGUGAGCCUGCGAGUGGAUAAGGAGUUCCACCGCACUUACCUAGGAGAGCCUUUAGACGUGGAGUUCACCUUUAACAGGUUGACCAUGAGGAGAUGUCACCUUGCAGUCAACCAGACCAAGAACUUUGGAGAGAAUGUGUUCUUCCCCAGGUCAGUCAUGGUUCAGGCCCCUCAGUGGAGAGGAGAGUGGGGGCCGGAGGAGACCAACGCAGAGGACCAGAUUCUCACCAACCCCGAGGGAACGCCCGGCCAAAACGCAAAGGAGAUCCCUGUCGACGUGACGUCCAAGGCCACUCAGACCAAACCAGACUCGGGCCAGAAGGCCGUGACCAUCCCCAAGCCAGGCCAGUUCUUCAACCGCCACCUCAACCCCUCUCAGAAGGAAGCGGUGGAGAGGAUCCUGUCUGGGGAAUGUCGGCCCACGCCCUACAUCCUGUUUGGACCUCCUGGCACAGGGAAAACGAUCACACUCGUAGAGGCUAUCCUGCAGGUGUACCACCGUCUGCCCUCGAGCCGGGUCCUGGUGUGCACGCCCUCCAACAGCGCGGCCGACCUCAUCUGCCUCCGUCUCCAUGACAGCGGCUUCCUGCACGCCGCCAGCCUGGCUCGCGUCAACGCCUCCUGCAGGCAGGAAGAGUCCAUGUCAGAUGUGCUGAAGCAGUACUCGAGGGCAGGGGAAGACAUCCGUCACGCCUCCUUCCACAGGAUCGUGGUCAGCACCUGCUCCAGCGCCGGAAUGUUCUACCAAAUAGGACUCCAGGUGGGUCACUUCACCCAUGUGUUUCUGGACGAGUCAGGUCAGGCCACAGAGCCCGAAGCCCUCAUCCCCAUGGGUCUGGUGUCAGAGAGAGACGGGCAGAUCAUUCUGGCUGGGGACCCUUGCCAGCUGGGCCCAGUGGUGAAGUCCAAACUGGCGUCAGCGUUCGGCCUGGGGGUGUCUCUGCUGGAGAGACUGAUGGCCAACCCACUGUACUCCCGAAAGGAGUGUGGAUACAACCCAAUGCUGGUCACCAAGCUGGUGUACAACUACCGUUCCCAUGAGGCCUUGCUGGCGUUGCCCUCUAGAAUGUUCUACGAUGGCGAGCUGUGUGUGCGGUCCCAGAGGGCUGUGGUGGACUCCCUCUGCCACUGGACUCACCUUCCCACCAAAGGCUUCCCCCUUCUCUUUCACGGGGUCAGGGGCAUGGAGAUGAGAGAGGGCAGGAACCCGUCGUGGUUCAACCCAGGGGAGGCCGUGCAGGUGAUGCUGUACUGCUGCCAGCUGGCCAAGAAGCUCUACAACCCCGUGAACGCCUCGGACAUUGGCAUCAUCGCCCCCUACAAGAAGCAGGUGGAGAAGAUCCGAGUGUUGCUGCACGGGGUGGGUCUGUCUGACAUCAAGGUGGGCUCGGUGGAGGAGUUCCAGGGACAGGAGUUCCUGGUCAUCAUCCUCUCCACGGUGAGGUCUAGCGAGGCCAAGGAGGACGACAUCCAGAGUGUGCUCGGUUUCCUGACCAACCCCAAGCGCUUCAAUGUGGCCAUCACCCGGCCCAAAGCCCUGCUCAUCGUAGUGGGGAACCCACACGUCCUCAUCAAGGAUGCAUGCUUCAGUGCUCUCCUACAGUACUCCUUUGACAAUGGGGCUUUAGUGGGCUGCGACCCCCCUCCCUCUCUGAGGACUUCACACAGACCCGGGCUGUAA